GGAUUAACAGCAACAACAACAAUAUCAUUGAAGAUUUUGUCUGAAAGUACAGGAGUUGAAUAAUAUAUUUAACCUUCUAGAAAUGGAACCAUUUCCUUUAACACAUUGUUUGGAUAUUGGACUUUUGAAUACAUUUUCAGAAAGACAUUAUAAAUGACUAGAGGCCUGGUGCACGAAAUUUGUGCAAGAGUAGGCCUUCCUUCCCCCGUCUGCUGGCACCAGCUUCCCUCUGGCACCUGGGACCCAGGCUUCCCUUGCAGCCACGGCUUUGUCCAGAAGUUCAUCCGCUCUAAUUAGCAUAUUAUGCUUUUAUUAUUAUAGAUUGUAUGGCACUACCUUUAAUUAAACUAAUGGAUUCUCAAGGACAGAACUAUGUGUUACUCUUCCUUAUUCCAUGUGCCUUGGAAUUUAUUUUCAAUAAAUAUCUGUUCAAUAAGUGAACUAACUGGCAGCAAAAGGCAUGUGUAUCAGAUAGGAUCAAAUUUAACUCCAUAUUACAGAAAACAACACAAUAACAUUGAAAAGAUAUACUUCUCUCAUAUGUAAAAGAAGUCCCAAAGUAGAUAGUCUAGGAUGGGUAUGGAGGCUCCAAAGGAGCCUAGGCUUUUUCCAGUGUUCUGCCCCAGCAUCACUAGGGAAUGGCCCUCACCUUUGUCCUGAGUGGUUAUUAGAAUUACGGUGCUCAUGUCCCAGUUCCAAGCUGUAGGACUGAGGAAGAGAAGAAGGGUACACCUUUUGAAGAAGAAUUCUUGACUGUGACACAACAUUUCCACUUUUAUCUCAUUGCUACAAGGUUACACCUAACUGCAGGAGAAGUUCUAGAGUUUGAAAGAGUCUAUCUUGAUAAUCUCCCCAGUGCAUCUAUGUACGAGCGCAGUUACAUGCAUAGAGAUGUUAUCACCCAUGUAGUGUGCACCAAGACAGACUUUAUUAUCACUGCCAGUCAUGAUGGACAUGUUAAGUUCUGGAAAAAGGUGGAAGAAGGAAUUGAAUUUGUUAAACAUUUUCGCAGUCACCUGGGAGUUAUUGAAAGUAUUGCAGUUAGCUCUGAGGGAGCAUUGUUUUGUUCUGUGGGUGAUGAUAAAGCAAUGAAGGUGUUUGAUGUAGUGAACUUUGACAUGAUCAAUAUGCUGAAGCUUGGCUAUUUUCCUGGACAGUGUGAAUGGAUCUAUUGCCCAGGGGAUGCCAUAUCAUCAGUUGCUGCUUCUGAGAAGAGUACAGGAAAAAUUUUUAUUUAUGAUGGUCGAGGAGAUAACCAGCCACUUCAUGUUUUUGACAAACUCCAUACGUCACCUCUUACUCAAAUACGGCUAAACCCAGUUUACAAAGCAGUAGUGUCUUCCGACAAAUCUGGAAUGAUUGAAUACUGGACUGGGCCACCCCAUGAAUAUAAAUUCCCAAAAAAUGUGAACUGGGAAUAUAAAACUGACACCGAUUUAUAUGAAUUUGCCAAGUGCAAGGCUUAUCCAACCAGCAUAUGUUUUUCACCUGAUGGGAAGAAAAUAGCUACAAUUGGUUCUGAUAGAAAAGUUAGGAUUUUCAGGUUUUUAACUGGAAAACUCAUGAGAGUCUUUGAUGAAUCACUAAGUAUGUUUACUGAACUACAGCAAAUGAGGCAACAGCUACCAGACAUGGAAUUUGGCCGACGAAUGGCUGUAGAACGUGAGUUGGAGAAGGUGGAUGCAGUGAGAUUAAUUAAUAUAGUUUUUGAUGAAACUGGACAUUUUGUGCUAUAUGGAACAAUGCUGGGCAUUAAAGUUAUAAAUGUAGAAACAAACCGGUGUGUGCGGAUCUUAGGCAAGCAAGAAAAUAUUAGGGUGAUGCAAUUGGCUUUGUUCCAGGGAAUAGCCAAAAAACAUCGUGCUGCAACUACUAUAGAAAUGAAAGCAUCUGAAAACCCCGUUCUUCAGAAUAUUCAAGCUGACCCAACAAUAGUCUGUACGUCUUUCAAAAAGAAUAGAUUUUAUAUGUUUACCAAACGAGAACCAGAAGAUACAAAAAGUGCAGAUUCUGACCGAGAUGUUUUUAAUGAGAAACCUUCUAAAGAGGAAGUCAUGGCAGCUACUCAGGCUGAAGGACCCAAACGAGUUUCAGAUAGUGCCAUUAUCCACACAAGCAUGGGAGACAUUCACAUCAAACUUUUUCCUGUUGAGUGUCCUAAGACAGUGGAAAACUUCUGUGUUCAUAGCAGAAAUGGUUAUUAUAAUGGACAUACUUUUCACCGUAUAAUUAAGGGCUUCAUGAUUCAGACUGGAGAUCCAACAGGUACUGGUAUGGGAGGAGAAAGCAUAUGGGGAGGAGAGUUUGAAGAUGAAUUUCAUUCAACAUUACGACAUGACAGACCAUAUACACUCAGCAUGGCUAAUGCUGGCUCGAAUACUAACGGAUCUCAGUUUUUCAUAACAGUAGUACCAACGCCUUGGCUUGAUAAUAAGCACACAGUAUUUGGACGAGUGACUAAAGGAAUGGAAGUUGUACAAAGGAUCUCCAACGUCAAAGUCAAUCCCAAAACAGAUAAGCCCUAUGAGGAUGUCAGCAUCAUAAAUAUUACUGUCAAGUAAAUCAGAUGUAUCGUUUAAUGUGUAAAUAAAAAUACACAUAUAGUAAACGGAUUAUUUUACAUUGGGAAUCUCUUAAGACUUGCUGAACAUACAAAUCAUGUUUCAAGGAUUGCAGUAUUGUAUUUUUAUAUUUUUCAUUAAAGGCCAUUUUUUAAA